AUGGAGUCCUCGUAUCUAACAAUUUGCGUCGUAAAUGCUUUUCUAUCUUCCAUCGCCUCUAUACUCAAUAUUCUGACAAUCUACGCGAUAAGAAAGACUCCGUCCUUGGCAAAGAAUUUAAAAACAUUGCUUCUGAGUUUAGCAGUUUCUGAUCUUGGUAUUGGUUUACUGGCGCAGCCCAUGUGUGUUGCACAACUCACUAUGCAGUGGAAAUAAAGCAAUGAAUCUUAUAAUGCCAUUUAUAUCGCCAAUCUUAUCCCGAUGAAUAUCUUUAUUACUGCGUCAUUGUUUAGUGUCAUGGCUCUAUGUGCAGAGAGAUUUUUGGCAAUUCAACUUCACUUUAGAUACCAGGAACUUGUGAUUUACAGGCUCGUUAUUAUUGCCGUAAUCUCAAUUUGGUUAUUUAGCACACUUACUUCAUUGCUCAAGUUAUGGAUCCCAAAAAAUAUCAUGUUCGUAUUUUUUGUUAUUAAAGAUUCUUCUUCUAUUAUAACUGCAACUUUCCUGAGCAUCAAACUUUACCUUACUCUACGACGCCACAUGAAUCAAAUUCAACUCACGCAAGUUGCGUAGAAUGAGCAAGGCGAAAGUGUUCAAAGAAAAAGGAGAUCUGCGAUGGCAUCGCUUUACGUGUAUUUGGUUCUCACAGUUUGCUAUUUACCUAAUGUUUGUGUGUUAAUUAUCAUCGGUUCCACUUCCGAACCAAGGAACGAUCUACAGCAUUUGCACUUUUAUACUCUGACCCUGUUGUUUCUUAAUUCAACCCUUAAUCCACUAAUCUACUGCUGGAAAGUGAAACAAAUUCGGCACACUGUGAUAGCCACACUGCGAAAUAUAUUGUCAAAUCACAUUUAACGAAACCUUUGGGAGGAUUUGGAACACCUUAUCAAGUACAAACCGGCGUCAAGCAGUUCUUCCUUCGGGAAAUGACGGCAUUUUCAAGUUACACUAACUACACAAAAUUUAAGAGAGUUUCAGUGUGAUGUGUCUUGCCUCUAAAACUAUUUCGUCUCUUUUCACCUUCAAAAUAUUAUCUAGUUAUGAAAAAUAUCACAGAUUUCAUGACUGUCUAAGAAACAAGAACUAUUUUUAACCCUUAUCUUGGGAAUUGUAAAUUAUCAAUUAGAAGUCGCUACUGCAACGCCAAAAACCGCACGUCACUAGCUUUCCAGUAUCAGCGCAUUAGGGGGCAUAAUAUUAAAUGCAGUCAAGAAAUAGCGAAUUUAAUAAAAAAAACGCUAUACUUAACUUAUUCAUUCAAGAUUUUAUGACUGAGAUCAACACCGCUAUGCACUAAAAUUGUUGGACGGGUUAUCUACAUCGAGAAUUACCAUUUUAGAGUAUUUUGCAACAGAAACAGAGCAGGAACAUAGCCUUGCAUGUGUUCUCUCAACAUUUCCCUCGUCCGGCGGAUGCGAUAAAGCGGCUGCAUGCAACGGAAAAAUGUUUGGACAAGGUUACCGGUGAUUUGAUUAAUUUUUUUUUGGAAACCAAACUUGCUGUUUUCUGACUGCUUUGAAAAUUACACAUAAAACACAAAAAGAAAUCGUACAGAGCGUCUUUACAACAAGUGAGACCAAGUAAAAUAUACUAACAUGUUCAUCCAUGUAGUUGGGUUAAAAGAAUGACGAGGAAAAAUUUAAUAAGGUAACUUUUCUAAAUAUAGUUGAUCCAACAGCCUUAGUUUAAGUUCAAAUAAUAAGCAGCACGCCACAUUGCUAAAUAUUUUAAUGAAUUUAAGUUUACAUCAGAGAAUACGGAGGACAGAUAAGAUUUCGCCUCUUCUCCGCAUUUCGGGAUACAGUGUAAAAUAUAUGAUAACAUAUAACGCCGACAGUGGUAAAACUACAAAUAUAAAUACAUAUAUAAAAACUUUAAUUAUGACUUACUGUCAAAGGUGGAAAAAAAAUGAUGGACAAGUUGGUUUUCCGAUGAUUACGUUGAACUGAGUUUAAUUUGUUAAACAAAACCCCUGUUUUCUAAUUGCUUUAAAGCUUAAAUAUAGAAGCCAAAAUUCAAAACAAUUUUACAACCUGUUCAAGUGACAACAAGGAAGACAUCUCUUUUGAUACACAAAGAACAAGCCGCCUGUUAAAAGGAAACUUUUUGUCUCUACUCUGUAAAAGAGAAAUCUUGGUCAAAGUUAUCCUCCUAAUCAAAGGUUAGCUUAUUGACCGUUGGGGACAGUCCACAAUAACUUAUUCUACUGUAAUAUCUUGCUUUACGACAAAUUCAAGAAAGGGUAACAAAUGGAUUCCUCGUACCUCACACUGAGCCUUUUAAACGCAUUUUUAUCUUACACCUCCACCAUGCUAAACAUUGUUACAAUCCACGCGAUCAGAAAGAGUCCGUCUUUGUCAAAAAAUUUAAAAGCAUUGCUCUUGAGUCAGGCCGUUUCUGAUCUUGGUGUCGGACUACUGGCUCAGCCAAUGUAUGCUGCACGUCUUAUCAUGGAGUCGAAGCUAAACAGUGGAACUAACAGUUCUUAUAAUGUUAUCUACAUCGCGUACCUUAUUCCGACCAAUUUAUUUACUAUCGCUACGUUGUUUCUCAUUGUUGUUCUGUGCGCCGAGAGAUUCGCGUCCGUUCAUUUUUACCUUAGUUACCAUGAACUUGUGACACACAAACGCGUUGUCGCUGUUGUCGUCUCAAUUUGGUUCCUUAGCGGAGUUCUCUCAUCAAUGAGGCGUUGGAUUCCCAAAAAUAUUACGUACAUGGUUUACGGAAUUACUGGUUCUGCUUGCAUUAUAGCUGCCAUUUUUUUCAGUGUCCGAAUUUAUUUGUCCAUGCGACACCACGUGAACCAAAUUCAAGUGCUGCAGCUACAACAAGUAUCGCAGAACGGUGAAAUGGCUAACAUUAAAAGGAUGCGUAAGUUUGCCAUCAUGGCAGUUUACGUUUGCCUGGUUUUGCUGGUUUGCUAUCUGCCAAAUGGUUUCACUUUAUUUGUUACUGCCUUAAGCGGAUCAAACACUGGUAUAAAUCAUGUUCAACACUAUACUCUAACGCUAGAGCUUCUGCAUUCAUCGCUUAAUCCACUGAUAUACUGCUGGAAGAUGAAACACGUUCGACACAAUGUCAUUGGCAUACUACGAAAUGCAUUGAAAUUUUCAAAGCACCACUAA